UCAUCGGCCACCCCGGGGUGGGGCUCCCCCGCCCCCGCCCAGCCCGGCCGCCUAUAACCCCAGGCCCCGCUGCUCCCAGCAGGAGCUGGAGAGAUGGCACUGCAGUUUGAAGCCUUCUAUGCAGGGGGCCUGGCCCCAGGCUGGAACCUGCUGGUCCAGGGACACGCUGCCUCUGGAGAGGACAAGUUUGAGAUCAACUUCCUGUCUGAGACGGGGGACAUCGUCUUCCACAUCAAGCCCCGGUUCUCCGGUGCCACCGUCGUGGCCAACGCCUUCCAGGGCGGCCGCUGGGGCCUGGAGGAGGUGUCCAGCGUCUUCCCGCUGGUGCUCGGGGAGCCCUUUGAGAUGGAGGUCAGCUCGGAUGCGGAGCACUUCCACGUCCACGCCCAGGAGCACAAGGUGCUGCAGUUCGCCCACCGCCACCGGCCGCUAGCUGCCAUCACCCGGGUGCAGGUGCUGAGCGACCACCGCCUGGCCCAGGUGGAGCUGGCCAGGAGAGGCCUGAGCUGGGGGGAUGUGGGCUACUGAGCUGUGUCUGAAGUCCCAGGAUCAAGUCUUGGCCAUUGGCCAUCCCAGGUCCAGUGACGCCCACCCCGGGGAAGCUGGGCGGAGGGCUCUGUGGUUCUGGGCCCCCCAUUCCAGCUCUACCUUCAAUAAAGUUUAAGCAGGCUGCA